GAUGUUAUAAGUAGGAAGUCCAACAAUAUGUCGAUUGGGUGAAUGAUGUGCCUCAACCCUGAAAGAAUUUAGGGUUUGUUUUGAUCUGGGUAGCUAUCAUGCAAGUGUAAUUGAUCUAUGGAUUCAAACGGCUAUGGAAAAGAGGGUUCAAAUUCUUGACUUGGAUUUCCUGGAUUACUUUACACCUACUCGCCCAUAUCCCUUCCAUGCUGAUUUUGACAACAAAUAUCGCUUUCCCCGAAAACUCAUUAACGCAAAUGGACCAUCUUCUCUGAAGCAGUUUUCUUCAAGCAUGCGCCCAUGUGAAGUUGUUGGUUUUCAGUUCCUCAAGGCACUUCAAUUGAAAUCUGUUACCAUUACUGAUGAAGGUGUUCAUCACUUCUUAUCCCACUGCCCGCUUCUCGAGCGACUGGUAGUGCAUGGGUCGUACCGUUUACAUCAGUUGAGAGUUUCAGGCACAUCACUUGCAUUAAAACACUUAGAAAUAUGCAUGUGUGAUGAGCUAAAAUCAAUUGAAGUCUGCGAUACAAAUCUUGUUUCUUUUAGCUAUUACGGGGACGAGAUCAGUUUGCUCCUUCAGAAUGUUCCCCUGCUUGUGGACGUAUUUAUUUAUGAACACUCAAUUAAAUUGGUGUUUAUGGACUGCAUAUUACCGCAGCUUUCAGGCUUCUUCCCUCAGCUACAGGUUCUAAGAUUGGAAAUUCUGCAGCUUCUGGUAGAAUUAGAUCAUUAUGAUUUUCCCGAACUAACAAAUCUGAAGCAUUUGGAGAUCAGUGUUAGUCUACACCCAAAUGAUAGUCUCCUUGUGUUAACACCUCUGAUAGAGGCCUCCCCCUGCUUGGAGAGAUUUGUGUUGCUGUUAGAGACGAGUAAUUUCGGAAAAAGGCGAGAGAAAGAGUAGAGAGGCAUUGCUAUAAGCACCUGAAGGAGGUGAAAUUGGUGGGCUACAAUGGUCCCAGAGGCUUUAAUUUUAUCAUGCAUUUCAUCAAGCACGCUCCUCUACUUGAGAAAUUGACUGUCGAUCUUCGCAAUCUUGCGUACCGUCUUCCUUACGAGGAUAUUGAGGAAUCUCAAGAGGAAAAAGAAGCAAGAAUCCAUGCCUAUCAAAAGUUCAAAAGAAAAGUGCCCUCUGGCGUCGAAUUAGUUAUUCUUUAGAUUUAGCUAGUAAUAUUACAUUAAUUAAUUAAUUAAUUUUUUUAUAUCUAACUGUUUAUAUCAAUUAGUUUAUAGGCA